AUGUUUAUUUGUUGUAAAACGAAGAUUAAAAAGACAAAGUAUGUUUAAACUUAAAGUUUUUUUAAUUAGAUAACCAAUCAACAAUGAUUCUGAAGUGAGGUCAUUCAACAAAGGAAAUGAAGAGUAAUACAAACAAGAAAAGAAAGAUAAGAAUUCCUUUGAAGAACAGAUAUCAAAAUAAUCAAACUAAACUGAAGAAUGCAAUUAAGAAAUGUAUAACUUAGUGAAUUAAAUAUAAGUUUUUAGAGAAAAAGGAUAGAUAAAAGAAAGGUAUACUUGUUAAUUAAAUUUAGGCAGUAUUGAUAUUGAAAAAGAAUAUGUAAAUAGUUUAUUAUCAGAAGAUCUUCCAAUUACUUAUUUUAUUGAAUAUCGUUGGGCUCUCCAUUAUACUGGAUUUUUGGAGAGAAAAAAGAAAAUAAUUCCAAAGGAGAUUAAUAAUAAUAAAAUAUUAACAGUUGAACAUAAAAUAAAGGAUACAAUUCAUAUUACAAUAUAAAAUGAUCCAUAAUUAAUACCUAAUAUUUAACCAGAAAAACAUUAUUCAUUAGUAAAUGAGAGAGCUUGGAAAUUCAUUUAAACUCUAUAUGGAGGUGGACCUACAAUAACUAUAGAUUUAGAUAAUGUUAAAUUAUAAAUACAUUAGAAUGAAAUUAAAGAAACUUAAGUUGUUUAACAAAAAUGUUAAUUAGAAGCCAAUCAAUUGGAAUAAAUUAAUGAUGAACCAAAUAAUGGUCUUCUACUACCUCUUGAAUCUCAAAAAGAUCUAAUCAACGAUUCAACUACUCAUGUAACCGUUACAACAAUUUUACCAUUAAAAUUUUCAACAGAUCCUCUUAUCAAUAUUAAGUUUUCAUCAUAAAAUAUUGAUGAUUUUGACUAAACUACAUCAAGGAACCUUAAUGAUAAAAACUAAACUGUUUAAACAAAUAUUAUAAAAAUUUAUUCAAAUAUUCCAAUAGAAUUACCUAUUGUGGGAUUUUAUAAUCCAAAAUAUGAUUGUUAUAUGAAUGCUACACUCCAAUGUUUAUUAAGUUUUUCUAAAUUUAAUCAAAAAAUUCUAAAAAUUAAAAAAUAAUAAGAUAGAUUAUUUACAACUGCUUAUUAAAAUCUUAUUAAAUUAAUUUAGAAUGCAAUUCCUGGUAGUUCAAUUACAGUUGAUUUAUUAAAGAAUAUCUGUUAAAAGAAAUUUAAAGAUACAUAAUAAUAAGAUUCUCAUGAAUUUCUUUUAUUCUUUUUAUCACAAAUAAAAGAGGAAUUAACAGAAAAAAAAAAUUAAGAAAAAAAAGAAUUUAAUACUGCAAUAAAAGCUUGGGAAUUUUAUUAAGGCAAAAACCCUGAUGUAAUUACAGAAUUAUUUGCUGGGUAAGUUGCCAAUAAAAAUUAUUGUUUAAAAUGUAAAAAGACAUGUGAAGUUUUUGAUCCUGUACUAGAUUUAAAUUUACCUUUAUAAAAUUAUGCUGUAAUUCAAGAAAUCAAAUUAAAAGAAUGUUUAUAUAGUUAUUUUAGAGAGGAAUAAAUAUUAAACGAAUGGGUAUGUAAUUUAUGUUAGCAAUAAAAUAAAUAUCUCAUAAGAAAAAUCUUAAUAACAUAGAAACCCUAAUUUCUUAUUAUUCACCUUAAACGUUUUGCUUAAUUUCCAAGAAAUUAAAAAAUUUAAAAUGAAAUUUCUUAUCCAGAAGUCUUAAAUAUUUAAGAGUAAUUGUUUUUUAAUUUUUAGAUUUUGUGAUGAGAAUAUUACUAAAGCUGAGUAUAGGUUAAAAAGUUUAAUAUCACAUUAAGGUUAAUUAAAUAAUGGACAUUAUAAAGCAUAUGCUUAAAGGUAAAAUGAAUGGUAUGAAUUUGAUGAUGAUAUUGUAACUAAGGAUAAAGGAAAUAGACAUUUAACAGAUAAAGGAGCAUAUAUAAUAUUCUAUGAAGCUAUAUGA